AGAGCCGAGCGAGCGCGGCUCGGGCCGGCAGCGGGAGGGAGGGCGGGCGGGGAGGCGGGGGCCGGGCGCUGUGUGAGGAGCCGCGCCGCGCAGCCAGCCCGGCAGUCGCCGUCGCUGCUGGGGAGGAGGAGGAGGAGGAGGUGGAGGAGGCGGCGGCGGCGGCGGCGAGAGAUUCUCCCACCCCCACCCACCGAGCUGAGGGAGUAUGACUUCUGCAACGUCACCCAUCAUUUUGAAAUGGGACCCCAAAAGUUUGGAAAUCAGGACUCUCACAGUGGAGAGGCUGUUGGAGCCACUUGUUACCCAGGUAACAACGCUUGUUAACACGAGCAAUAAGGGACCAUCAGGCAAAAAGAAAGGGCGCUCUAAGAAGGCUCAUGUGUUGGCUGCUUCAGUGGAGCAGGCCACCCAAAACUUCUUGGAAAAAGGAGAUCAAAUUGCUAAAGAGAGCCAGGAUCUUAAGGAGGAAUUGGUUGCUGCUGUAGAGGAUGUACGCAAGCAAGGAGAAACCAUGCGAAUCGCCUCUUCCGAGUUCGCUGACGACCCCUGCUCCUCGGUGAAACGGGGCACCAUGGUGCGGGCUGCUCGGGCCCUGCUUUCUGCUGUCACCCGCCUGCUCAUCCUGGCUGAUAUGGCUGAUGUCAUGAGGCUUCUGUCACACCUGAAAAUUGUAGAGGAAGCACUAGAAGCAGUGAAGAAUGCAACAAAUGAGCAAGAUUUAGCAAAUCGCUUUAAAGAAUUUGGAAAGGAGAUGGUCAAACUGAACUAUGUCGCUGCUCGGCGGCAGCAGGAACUGAAGGAUCCUCACUGCAGGGAUGAGAUGGCUGCAGCUCGAGGUGCUCUGAAGAAGAAUGCCACCAUGCUGUACACUGCAUCCCAGGCGUUUCUCCGUCACCCUGACGUUGCAGCCACGAGGGCCAACAGAGACUAUGUCUUCAAGCAAGUACAAGAAGCAAUUGCUGGUAUCUCCAAUGCUGCCCAGGCCACCUCACCCACUGAUGAGAACAAGGGGCACACUGGCAUAGGAGAGCUGGCAGCUGCAUUAAAUGAAUUCGAUAACAAGAUCAUUUUGGACCCCAUGACUUUCAGUGAGGCCCGCUUCAGACCAUCUCUGGAGGAGAGGCUGGAGAGCAUAAUCAGUGGAGCAGCACUGAUGGCAGACUCUUCCUGCACGAGGGACGACCGUCGGGAGCGGAUCGUAGCCGAGUGCAACGCGGUGCGACAGGCCCUGCAGGACCUGCUCAGCGAGUACAUGAACAAUACUGGAAGGAAGGAGAAGGGGGACCCACUAAACAUUGCUAUUGACAAGAUGACCAAGAAAACACGAGACCUUCGAAGACAGCUAAGGAAGGCAGUAAUGGAUCAUAUAUCAGAUUCAUUCCUGGAGACCAACGUCCCAUUACUGGUUCUCAUCGAGGCAGCAAAAAGUGGUAAUGAGAAGGAAGUGAAGGAGUACGCUCAGGUCUUCCGUGAACACGCAAACAAGUUAGUUGAGGUUGCAAACCUGGCCUGUUCCAUCUCGAAUAAUGAAGAAGGUGUGAAGUUAGUCCGUAUGGCAGCAACACAGAUUGAUAGUCUGUGCCCACAGGUGAUCAAUGCUGCACUCACGUUGGCUGCCAGACCCCAGAGCAAAGUAGCACAGGACAACAUGGAUGUCUUUAAAGAUCAGUGGGAGAAGCAAGUGCGAGUCCUCACUGAAGCUGUUGAUGACAUUACUUCAGUGGAUGAUUUCCUCUCCGUUUCAGAAAACCAUAUUCUGGAAGAUGUGAAUAAGUGUGUGAUUGCUCUCCAAGAGGGGGAUGUCGAUACGCUGGACAGAACUGCAGGUGCCAUCCGUGGCCGUGCAGCCAGAGUUAUUCACAUCAUUAAUGCAGAGAUGGAAAACUAUGAAACUGGAGUCUAUACUGAGAAAGUACUGGAAGCUACCAAACUGCUCUCUGAAACAGUUAUGCCACGUUUUGCUGAACAAGUUGAGGUUGCCAUUGAAGCUUUGAGUGCGAAUGUCCCACAGCCCUUUGAAGAGAAUGAGUUCAUAGAUGCCUCCCGUUUGGUUUAUGAUGGAGUUCGGGACAUCAGGAAAGCUGUUCUCAUGAUAAGGACCCCUGAAGAACUAGAAGAUGACUCAGACUUUGAGCAGGAAGAUUAUGACGUUCGCAGCCGAACAAGUGUCCAGACUGAAGAUGACCAGCUUAUUGCUGGCCAGAGUGCAAGGGCUAUCAUGGCUCAGCUUCCUCAGGAGGAGAAGGCUAAGAUUGCUGAGCAGGUAGAGAUAUUCCACCAAGAAAAGAGCAAACUAGAUGCAGAGGUGGCCAAAUGGGAUGACAGUGGUAAUGACAUCAUUGUGUUGGCAAAGCAGAUGUGCAUGAUCAUGAUGGAAAUGACAGACUUCACUAGAGGUAAAGGCCCCCUGAAGAACACAUCAGAUGUCAUUAAUGCAGCCAAGAAGAUUGCAGAGGCAGGUUCACGGAUGGACAAAUUGGCACGGGCCGUAGCUGAUCAGUGCCCCGACUCAGCCUGCAAGCAGGAUCUGCUGGCCUACCUGCAGCGCAUUGCCCUCUACUGCCACCAGCUCAAUAUCUGCAGCAAAGUGAAGGCAGAAGUUCAGAACCUGGGAGGAGAACUUAUUGUAUCAGGGACUGGAGUUCAGAGCACUUUCACUACCUUUUAUGAGGUAGAGUGUGAUGUCAUAGAUGGGGGCAGGGCUAGUCAACUUUCUACCCACCCACCCACCUGUGCUGAGGGAGCUACGCUUGAGACCGGAAGCGGUGACUCCUCGACGCUGGACAGUGCCACUUCCCUCAUCCAGGCAGCUAAAAAUCUGAUGAAUGCUGUGGUCCUUACAGUGAAAGCAUCAUAUGUGGCUUCUACUAAAUACCAGAAGGUCUAUGGUACUGCUGCAGUGAACUCACCAGUUGUAUCUUGGAAAAUGAAAGCCCCUGAGAAGAAACCUCUAGUAAAGAGAGAAAAACCAGAAGAGUAUCAGACAAGAGUGAGAAGAGGGUCCCAGAAGAAACAUAUUUCCCCUGUACAGGCCUUAAGUGAAUUUAAAGCUAUGGAUUCCUUCUAAAACACUCAGCUUUACCAGGAGGGUUUUAUAUUCUUUUUGUAUGCAUACCUGCUGACUUGUGUGUGUCUGGCAUGGGUGGGGGGAAGCAGUGCCCAUUUGCAUGCUACCUGAGACUCUAUUGAAGUAACUCUCUGCAAUGCCAAAAUUCAGGGCAUUCUCCUCUGCUGUUAAAUGGACUUAUCUCAAGCUUACUUUUUGAACUAAACCAUAGCCUUGAAUUGGCCAAAGAAUUUGCAUCACGGGGGUACGUACGAGUUAAAUAAUAAAUUCAAAUCUAAACCCAGAAAUUUGUAUGCAUGCAAGAAACAUUAGGUUGGCAGGUAUAUUAAGUGAAGAAAAAAAAAAAAAGAAAAAAAAAAAAAAGGAAUUGUAAUGGUAGACCAUAAAGGCUUGUAUUGCUUCUGUUCCAGUGCAAAAAUGUACUAGCCAAUAUGCUUAAAUGUGUGGCCCAAUAAUUAAAUGAUAUAACUUUUAAGUCAUCUUCAUUAUAGUAAGUGAAUUUUUAAAAGAGAUACAAACUAAUUCAUCUUACAAAUGCUUCUUUUAAACCAUAUUUUGUUCUUUAUAUUCUAGUAGUGUUAUGAUUGCUCACAUUUCAGUUAAUCCCAUUAAUAUGACCAGAGGUUUACUUUUGCCAAUUGAAUUCCUUAUGGUGGAGUAUGAAGCACAAUAUGGUGAUUGACAUUGCCUUUUAUAUUAUGAUUAUUAAUUAUUAUUAUAAUACUAGUAAUAGAAGACCUGGUGGUGGAAUGUUUAGAGACACGGAAACUGACAGUGUGAGAAUUUAGAGGCAAAUAUGUAGGUGUAGCUUGGAUUACAGGUAUCUGACAUACCAUUGUAACCACUAACUCAAUAAACUCAUUUAACCUUGGAAUCUUCAA